AUGAGAGAACAAAAGAAUCCUCUAAACAAAUCACUGUCAACCUCAUCAUCAACAUCAUCUGAUAAGUUGUCCAGCGGUGGAUCUAGAUCAGGUUAUCGUCUACUGAAUAUUCCUUGUGGUGUUUGUGGAGAUCGUUCUACAGGGAAACAUUACGGAGUAUAUAGCUGUGAUGGAUGUUCUGGCUUCUUUAAAAGAAGUAUACACAAGAAUCGAACAUACACAUGUAAAGCAAGUGGAAAUUUAAAAGGUCAAUGUACAAUUGACCGUAAUCGUCGUAAUCAUUGUCGGGCAUGUCGAUUGAAUAAAUGUUUUAUGGCACAAAUGAAUGAAGAAAGUGUACAACACGAACGUGGACCACGAAAAUCAACUAACGCAGCUAAAAGAUAUUCUUCAAUAGAAUUUACUAGUAAACGGAAUGAUGAAUACCCAUUAAAUCUUUCCAUUAAUCAGAGGAAAAAUUCAAAAAUUGCCAACAACACUAACAACAACAACAACAACAGUCGAAAACCUCGAGGAUCUUAUGAAAGACAGAAAAACGCUGACUAUUAUCAUUAUUAUUCAAAAAACCUCCUGACUAACUUACCAGUCUAUAUGGAUGACUCUAUUCAAUGUUCAAUUCCAGAACAGUGUAAACCAUUGAUGAACGCCAUGAAUUUAUCAGGAUACCUUUCACAACAGUCUGCCUACAAACAUUUAGAAAAUAUAAUUGACAAUUUCUAUAAUUCACUAAGAAAUGAACAAAAUCCAGUGACUACAUCGCAGUGUAAGUCGAAUAUGCCGGCAGAUGCAGAUGACUUACAAGGUAAAGCUGAAGAUCUUACAGUUGUUUCAAAGAGAAGGGAUGAAUUUUGUAGAAGUGAUCAUGAUCUAGAGAAUGACAGUCGCAAUCAGAAUAUUAUUCUUCCAGUAAACCAAUGGAAUAAAGAUUAUGUAACGUUAUGCAAUUAUCAUGAAGGUUAUCGUCUACUGAAUAUUCCUUGUGGUGUUUGUGGAGAUCGUUCUACGGGGAAACAUUACGGAGUAUAUAGCUGUGAUGGAUGUUCUGGCUUCUUUAAAAGAAGUAUACACAAGAAUCGAACAUACACAUGUAAAGCAAGUGGAAAUUUAAAAGGUCAAUGUACAAUUGACCGUAAUCGUCGUAAUCAUUGUCGGGCAUGUCGACUGAAUAAAUGUUUUAUGGCACAAAUGAAUGAAGAAAGUGUACAACAUGAACGUGGACCACGAAAAUCAACUAACGCAGCUAAAAGAUAUUCUUCAAUAGAAUCUACUAGUAAACGGACUGAUGAAUACCCAUUAAAUCUUUCCAUUAAUCAGAGGAAAAAUUCAAAAAUUACAAAUAACACUAACAACAACAGUCGGAAACCUCGAGGAUCUUAUGAAAGACACAAAAACGCUGACUAUUAUCAUUAUUAUUCAAAAAACCUCCUGACUAACUUACCAGUCUAUAUGGAUGACUCUGCUCAGUGUUCAACUUCAGAACAGUUUAAACCAUUGAAUCCAUUGAUGAACGCCAUGAAUUUAUCAGGAUACCUGUCACAACAGUCUGCCUACAAACAUUUAGAAAAUAUAAUUGACUGUUUUUAUAGUUCACUAAGAAAUGAACAAAAUCCAGUGACUACAUCGCAGUGUAAGCCGAAUAUGCCUACGGAUGCGGAUGACUUACAAGGUAAAGCUGAAGAUCUUACUGUUGUUUCAAAGAAAAGGGAUGAAUUUUGUAGAAGUGAUCAUGAUGUAGAAUAUGAAAGUCGCAAUCAAAAUAUUAUUCUUCCAGUAAAUCAAUCGAGUACAGAUUAUCUGACGUUAUGCAAUUCACAUGAAGCUCUAUCGAAAAUAAUGAACAAUUCACUGUGGACGGAUAAAUGUAACAGUUCAUCCUGUACGCAAAUGUAUGAAAUCACUAAUACAUCACUAUCAUCAGAUUCCUUCAAAUAUACAAAUAAUGAUCAGAAUUCAAUUGGCAAAUAUGCUGCCAAUGAGACUUCAAGGAAUCACCUCAUAAAUUGGUCAUAUUUUACAAAAAUGGAUGAAUGGAGUAGAACAGAAAUUGGGAUACGCAUUCUAAUGAAUAUGAUAAGUUGGAUAGUCGACAGUUAUUCAUUUCAAACAAGUGCUAAAAGUAACCAGGCCGCUGAUUUAAUGAACACAAACUGGAUCUACAUAUUUUACAUUCAUGUGAUCGAGUAUUCUCAUCAGCGACAAUUCAGCAAUAAGAAUAUUGAUAAUAACAGACAUGGGAUUGAAAAUCUAUUGCUUCCAAAAAAUAAUAUAUCAAUUUCAAAUGCUUCCACUAUGAAUAAUUUCCCAGCAUCAGCAACAAUGAGAUAUCUGAUAACUAAUCAUGAUUCUCUUGAUAUCAUCAGCACAUUUAUACGAUAUUUAAACGACUUUAAUUUAACCGCGGAAGAAUGUGAAUAUGUGAAGGUCAAAAUAUUUAAUGUGAAUAAACUAGAUUUUCUUUUUUCACGAUAA